UUUUCCUGAUCUGGAAACGAGUCAUGCCAUCUCCCAGCGACUCCAGCCAUUCCCUGACUGGCCGCUCCUCCCGCAGCCUCACCCAUCUCCGAGUGCAGAGGACCUGGCUGCAGAUCCUGCUGGUGCUCGGUUUCAUUCAGGUCAUCCUGGGCAUCCUCGUCAUCACCUUCAGCCUUGUGGCAGCUACCAUCACGCCUUCCACCAAGGUCCGGCACUCCUGCCCCUCCUGGGCCGGCUUCUUGCUGGCGCUGUCUGGGCUCGUCGGCAUCGUCUCCUGGAAACGGCCCUUCACCCUGGUGAUCACCUUCUUCACGCUGCUCUCCGUGCUGGGCGUCAUGCUGAGCCUCGCCGGCUCCAUCCUCUCCUGCCAGAACGCUCAGCUGGUGAAGUCCUUGGAGGCCUGCACUAGGGAGAAGGACUCCUGUGUCUGCUGCCAGGCCCGCUCUGAGUAUUCAUCCAUAGGCCCCGCCUGCAGCAGGCAGGGCGAGACACUGACCAUGUUCCCCAACCCUGACUGCCGGAGCGUCCGCAUGGCUCUGAAGGAUCUUCUAUUCAGUGUUUGUGGCCUGACCAUCUUCUCCACCAUUGUCUGCACGCUCUCAGCUGUCAUGUGCUGCAUCCAGAUCUUCUCCCUGGACAUUAUCCAUGUGCUGGCCCCACAGCGCUCCAGUUCGGUGACCCUGGAGUGCACGUCGCCCCCAGACCCCUUCCUGCAGAACAUGAUGGACUUCGAGGAGUUUGUGCCCCCAGUGCCGCCGCCCCCAUACUAUCCGCCGGAGUACACCUGCAGCUCCGAGACUGAUGCCCAGAGCAUCACCUAUAACGGCUCCAUGGACAGCCCCGUGCCUCUCUACCCCACCGACUUCCCCCCAUCCUACGAGACUGUCAUGGGACUCCGGGCAGUCAGCCAGGCCACCCUGUUUGAUUCGCAGCUCACGGAUCCGUCGCACGGCUGCACCUGUGACCACGUCCCCUCCAUCGUGCUCAGUGGGGAAGUGUCCAUGGACAGCGGCUCCCUGGUCAUGUCCGAGAUCAUCGACAUCCCCGGCGACAGCAGCCCCUCGGAGGACUCCUGCCUGCUGGAGCUGCAGGGCUCCAUGCGCUCGGUGGACUACAUCCUCUUCCGCUCCAUCCAGCGCAGCCGUGCGGACUACUGCCUGAGUGUGGACUGCGUGCAAUGCGGCCACCAUCCCCGCAGCCCCACGCUGGGCCUUCAGGGCCCCUUCGAGGAUAUACCCCAGCCCCGGGUGCGGGGGGAGCGCUCUUACUCCUGCUCCACCCCUGGUCCCAGUUACGAGGGGCUCCUGGAGCCAGGCGGGGCUGUGACCCACAGCUGCAAUCGUCUGGAAGGGCUGGCUCGCUGCGCUGGGCCCUGCUUCCCUGAGGUGCGACUCAAGGGCAAGACCUUGCUGCCAGGGCAUCAGGGCACCAGUUCCACCGGCUCCCUGUACCCAGACUGCGGGCACCGCGGCCGUCAGCGACGCAACAGUGAGACGUCCUGCCUGCUGGGCCCAGCCCGGGGCCUGAGCCAACGGCCGCUCGUGCGGUCGCACAGCGACCCCGGCAUUGCUGUUGCCGGUGAUCCUGCCGACUUGAGGGAUCUGCUUUAUACCAAAGCGCUGGAGGAUGAUGCAUCCAAUUCUUCAGCAGACACAGGACUGUGCUCUGAAGCCUGCCUGUUCCGGCUCUCGCACUGCGACUCGCCCCCGCUCCUCCGGGCCGCCUCUGCCAGGAAGAACAAGCUGCCAGUGCCCAAGAAGGUGACACAGCGGCUGUCGAAGGCAGCAACGCGCUCCCUGGGGGAUCUGAAGGUUUGUCGUGGUACCCGGGGACUGGUGGCCAGGUUCCUGCAGAGAUCCAAGCGCAGCCUGGUGUCUGGCGUGGAGAUGGCUGGGCACAGCUCCCAGGGCCACAAACAGGUGCCCCGGAGCCCGUGGCAGGCAGCAGCGCACACGCUGCCGGAAGGGAUUCACUUGCAGAGCUGCGGGGACCUGAGCUCCACCUCCUCGCUGCGUCGCCUCCUGUCUGCCCGCCGGCUGGAGCGCAGCCGUCCGCACAGCCUCAACGGGGUCUACAAGGAGAGCAUCCUCUGA